AGGGCCUCGCGCCGUCUUGGCGAAAAGAGAGCGCAUCGUGCGCGGUCGGUGGGCGGUCGGGCAGGCAGGCAGGCAGGCAGGCAGCCACCAUGAGCGGAGGCCUGGGAGGAAUGACGGCGGAGCAGCUCUUGCAGCAGAGGCUUCUCCGGAGCCGCCUGCGAGGCGCGCAGCACCCGGGCCUGGGCAUCGGAGGCCCGAUCCCGCCGUCGCUGCUGCAGCCCGGCCCGCCAUGCCUGCUCUCUCCUCCGGAGCCACCCGACUCUCCGCCGCCCGGCACGACGCCCGCCGAGAUCCCCGCCGGCCCGCGUUACCCGAGCGAGACCUGGUGCUCCUUGUGCCGCGUCUACUGCCCGGAUCCGGUGUGCCUUCCCUGCGGGCACAACUUCUGCACCGCCUGCAUCGGGCAGCGCCUGGGCGAGCCCAAGAUCAACAUCUCCUGCCUGGAGUGCGGCGCCAGCGCCCGCAAGAGGAACCUCCGGCCCAUCAAGCCGCCGUCGCUGCUGGCCAACCUGGUGCUGGAGAGGCCCAAGCGGCAGAGGCUCGAUUCCUUCACCGGACCGGCGGCAGCAGCGGCGGCGGCGGCGGCGGCGGCAACAGCCACACUAGUCCCCCCGGCGAGCGCAGCAGUAACACCAGUGGCGCCGCCGGCGCCGGUGGUGACUACCCCGACAAUCGUCCCUCCGGCGCCCGUCGUCUCAACGCCCGCCACCCCGCCGCCUCCGUCCCCAACGCCGCCGCCGGCCACCCCUCCGCUGCUUCUCGCGCCGUCCCCGGCCGCCCCCUCCACGCCGCCCCCGGCCCCCUUGCCCGUCGCCUCCCCGACCGGGAGAAGGGCGCCCGUGGCUCUCGGAGGGGCUGGAGACGGGAACGGGGAGAGGCUGUGCGAGAUCCACCAGGACGUGCUGCAGUUCUUCUGCGAGGAGGACCAGACGCCCAUCUGCGCACACUGCGACCGAUCCCAGGAGCACCGCGCUCACACCAUCUUCCAUGUCGAGAGGGCGGCCCGGGAUUACAGGCCGUUUUUAUUUAUUCAGGCGCGAGUUAAGGCACAAUUAGAAACUCUGAAGCAGGAAAAAAAUAAUCUGUGGAGCCAGAAGUUGUCAGGCGAAAAGAAAAUCCAAGAAUACACGGAAAAGGUUGAGACCGAAAGGAAGGACAUCGUCACUGAAUUUGAACAGCUGCAUCAGUUCCUGAAAGAACAGGAGGAACGCCUGCUGACCCAGCUGGAAGAGCUAGAUAAAGACCUAGAGAAGCAGAAAGACGACAUGAUGACCAAAAUCUCAGAAGAACUUACCCGUCUUGGUGAUGUCAUCACUGAGAUGGAGAUGAAAAGCAAGCAACCGGCGAGUGAAUUUUUGCAGAUGUACUUCCAGGUCCCUCAGCCUGACCUGAAGGCUGUUGAGAAGCUGGCCUGGAUGAUCCCAUUCCUUCAGGUUCAUGUCGGGACCCAUCGGGUAUGGCUGCCAUGCAGACCUCUACAAACAUCCGAUGUUCCACCUCAGGGAUCACAGGACAUUAAAACAAACAUGGACAGAUGCACCGUAGAACAGUUCCCGUCAGCUGAAGAAGCGACAUCCGAGCUGGGAGAGCGACUGGAGUUGCUGUCACGGAAAGGGGUGGUUCUGAAGGAAACUAUGAAUAGAUUUCAAGAUAAUGUGACAUAUGCCAUCGAGAGAACAGACACUGUGAAAUCACUGAAUGAUAAAAGAAUGUCAGCUCUGGAUCUGGAUUUCUCAAGUGCUCUUCUGCCCCUGGACCAAAGAAAUGCCGGAGAUGGAGAAUCUCGGCACAGGCUGCCUGCCUUACAUUACGUUCCUGAUACUCCCCAGAGAAUGGAUUCCAGGGCUCUGGUUCUGGGCUGUGAUGGGUUCACCUCUGGGAGAUACUUUUGGGAAUUGGAAGUGGGCGAUGGGGAAUUCUGGGCAGUGGGGGUCACCCGAGAUCCUUCCAAGAAGAAGGGGAUGAUGGACUUCAGCCCAGAGGAGGGGAUCUGGGCUGUGGGGCUGUGGAAGGGCCAACACUGGGCCCUCACUUCCCCUGUUACGGCCUUGUCCCUGAGCCAACACCCCAAAAGAAUCCGAGUGUCCUUGGACUACGUGGGGGAAUGUGUGACCUUUACUGAUGCAGACACUGAGGACCCCAUCUUCACAUUCCCACCAGCUUCUUUUAAUGGGGCACGUACCCAUCCUUUGCUGUGGGUAGUAGGCUUCCCAGCCCAGUCUGUGUUCCUGAGGCGUAUGGGUGUAAAAUACCCAGUUGGGGUACAUGAAAUGGAUAUAAUGAGUCCAUAAUUUUAAAGUAUCCACGUACCCAGAGGAAAAAAAAAAAAUUACAGAUCUCUUAAACCUGCCAGAUCAGAGCAGGGUGUUGAGCCAUUUUGAUUUAAAGAGAUUGGAAAGAUUGGCUGUUUUAUCUCCGCUUUGUGUACUGUAGAAUGUGACAUGGAAGCAGAACAACUCUCCUUGCACACCAAGGCCUUAAGAAUGUUGCCCUGGGGAACAAAGGAAGAAUUGAAAAGGGUAGGUAGGCUGGCUUGGCCUUCCUGACAUAAUAUCCCUUUUAGGACAUCCUCUUUCACCAAGGGAUCAAGAUGACCCCUUUCUAACGUUAGGCUUGACCUUUUUAAUUUUGAAAAGAAAAAAAAAAAGAAAAGAAAAUUAGCUAUUAAAUUUUUGCAUUUUUAGUUCCUCUUCAAUCAGUUCAUAUUUUGCAUUUUAAAGAUUUUACUUUAAAAAUGACUGCAUGUGUUUCAGCUGCAAUACCUAGCAGUAUGUUUUCCUUUGAAAUGAAAGGCUUUAACUCUGUCCUUCGUGCUGAAAAAAAAAAAAACUUUUUUUUUGAGUACCAUAUACCUAAAUUUGGCCAUCCCUGGGUCAGAGAUCCUAAACGGAAGCACCGAGUCUUGGCAUCUGUGGCAGCUUUGACUGGACCGUCCUUCCUCUACACCUGUAGGUUCUUCUCUUUUGCUGCCGUUCUCUGAAACUUGAUUACAACCUUCCCUGUCUUCAGUCUGAUCCUGGAGAUGAAAUGGACAGAUGUUUGUGCCAUAAUAAUAAACUGGAUGCUCUGAUUUUAACGAUGAAAUGCAAUGUCUUAAAGAUAUGUAAAAGGAACUCUGGGGUUAUGGUUGAUGCCUACAGAAUAUACAAAUCAUAAUAAAGACUGUUAGUAUGUU